GGCAGCCCCACAGCUGCGAUUCUAAAAUAUAAACAAAACGGAAGGUUUGAAAAUGUUUGCCGGUCGUUUGCUCGCCCGCCUGAACCGCAAGCAGACAUGUUUGGCCACAAUUGGAAGCUGGCGAAUGUCUCAGGGACUCGUCGGCCAAGUGAACUUGCCCAGGACACCAACUGCAGGCACACAAGCGAUUCAAUUGGAGGAACCCAGUGCAAGCCGGCGCUUUUUCAGCAGCCAAAUUGAGACGGAAUCCACCUUGGACAGUGCCUCCUACGAACGAGUGUGCUCAGACACCCUGGAUGGUCUGUGCGACUACUUCGAGCAGCUCACCGAGAACGCCCCCGAGCUCCAGGGCACCGAUGUAGCCUACGGCGAUGGCGUGCUCACCGUGAACUUGGGACACAAGCACGGCACCUACGUGAUCAACCGGCAGACGCCCAAUAAGCAGAUCUGGCUCAGUUCGCCCACCAGCGGUCCCAAGCGAUUCGACUUUGUGGGCACCGUGGCGGCGGGCAGGUGGAUCUACAAGCACAGUGGUCAGUCGCUGCACGAAUUGCUGCAGGAUGAGAUACCCGGCAUACUGAAUUCCCAAUCCGUGGACUUUCUGCACUUGCCCUACUGUAGUUGAAACGGGAGUAGCCUCCUUCCACCAUAAAAAGUCUGUUAAAACGUUUUA